UUCCUGCCGGUGCGGAAGUGGAAUUCGGUGUGAGAGACUCGGCAUCGCCCACGUGGUUAAGAAGAGACUUCGCUUUACUGUUAGUCGACAGAGAACACAAAACUAUCGAGUUAUUUCAUCAUAUCUGGUGUGCUUUUUAUAUUGUUUUAUUUAUUUUAUCAUAGAUGGAGAGUUAGCUAAAGUGUUAGCUUAGCAGGCUAAUUAGCAGGUUAGCACUGGAGGGCCUAAAGGAGUUGAGCUGAGCAUCGAUCAGAGACGUCAUGUCUGGAAGAGGUCGAGGCCGGAGUCUCUUCACCUUUAACGUGGACUGUCUGGGUUUCGGCAGAGGAGAGGCUUUACCCAGCAGCGCUCAGGCACCUUCACCGCUCUACCCUCCCAUGCAGUUCAGGCCGGUUCCUCUGCAGACGGGAGAGGAGGUGGAGUACAUGCUCGCGCUUAAACAGGAGCUCCGAGCCUCCAGCAAGAACCUGCCCUUCCACAUCCAACCCUCUGCACCUAAGAAAGAUGUGGGGCGUUACUCUGAUAAAUACCAGACUGGAGAGGCCAAGCGCGGCGAAUGGACUCCAGACUGGAGUCGACUCCCUAAAGAGCUUUGCAUCAAAGUUCAGAAGUCGCGCAAAGCCAAGACCAAACCGGUAGUCAAGAGCAAAAAGAAACCUGCUGCUCCCAAAGAACUCUUACAAAAACUGGAGAACCUGGAAAAGAAAGAGGAGGAAAACCAGUCCGAGGAGGAGGAGGACGAGAAGAAGAAGAAGACUGGAGAGGAAGAAGAAGAGCCUGAUGAUGCUGAGGGGUAUGAUGAAGAAGAGUUUGAAGAGGAGACGGACUACAUCAUGUCCUACUUUGACAACGGCGAGGAAUUUGGAGGAGACAGCGAUGACAAUAUGGACGAAGCUACCUACUAAAAAACACAAUUUUAUACAAUGACAUUGUAUUUAUUUCUCAUGUGCUGGAGAUUUUUCAUUUAGACGAGGGAAUGUGUGUGUGUUUGUGUGUGUGAGUGUGUGUAUGAGGAAGUGGUUAUUAACACACCAUCAUGGCAUCUGUAAACACUCACUCCAUUCCUGUAUUGUUUCUAACACACCCUUGUUGAUUUCUCAGAUAGAGAGCUUUAGCAGUAUAAGGGGAGGAGUGUGUAGCGUGGGAAUGGAUUAUUCAAUCAAAACACAGAACGCAGCCAAAAAAAUCACGUCCAUAAAGAAUUUAAAUUUUACAUAGAUGGAAUGUUAAUUCCUGUUAAAUUGGUAUAAAAAGAUGUAAUUAAUUCUUGUUCCAUCAGAGGUGAGUACAAUUGACAUAAAACCCAAUUUGCACUCAUUAUAUAUAUAUAUAUAUAUAUAUAUAUAUAUAUAUAUAUAUAUAUAUAUAUAUAUAUAUAUAUAUAUAUAUAUAUAUUAGAUAUUUUAUUGCUGCUGUUUUACAUUUAUUAGCAGCUUUGUCCGUUAUUUAUUUAAGGAUAUGCCAGAACGCAAUGCAUUUUGGGACAUUCUUUUUUGUCAUAAUGUCAUUGAAUGUAUUUGAGACAAUAAGCUGUAAAAUCAUAGGGUUUUUUUUUUGUAAUGUUAUUGAAUGAGUCUGAAAGAAUAAACUGUGAAUCAUGCUGAUGAAGAGAUGAUGAAGUGUAAGCGCUGUACUGUGAGGGCAGAAAUAAUGAAGUCAUCCAGCAGGUGGAGUAAUUUACUGCAGUAGCAGAGCUGCUCGGUUCUGUCCAGUUCCUUCAAUUGAGUUGAAGCUCUAAUCUCUAAGCUCUGUUCAACUCAAUAAAGAGGAUGGGAUGAUAUCAGGGUGUGAUGGAAUAAUGUGAUAUGACAAUCUUAAACAAUGAUGUACUUUAAGUGCAUUUAUGAAUUAAAAUGUGUUAUAAAAUGUU